AUCUGCUAGACGUGACGAUGUUGUUAGGUUCAGACAGGCACGAGGAGCGCGGCUUGGUUUUAGUAAGCCAAUCAGAGGCAGAAUAAGACAAAAUAAGGUGGGCCUUUAGACAGGUCCAGUGACGUCUUGUGGCUCCAAUCUAGCAUCGACCAGUCAACGGGUUGUGUCCAGAUGGUAGCCCAGUGAAAUAGACAAUAUCAGUAGAAGAUACACUGUCGGAGAGCAAGAGGGCUGAAACGUGCUGAUGGGAAUGACAUAAUUCCAAGGACAUUAACGUUCCCCAUUAAGCCGGCGACAUGAGCUCUUCAGAAGAGUUGAAACAGACUGACAGCGACAGGAGCCGACCUCAUCAGUGCCAGGCAUGUGGGAAAGGUUUCAGUCGGAUCUGCAGCUUGAGAAGACAUGAGCUCACUCACUCCGCGGAGAAACUGUUCCACUGUGAACAGUGUGGCCGCACUUUCAGCCAACUGAAGAAAUACAAGCUCCACCUGCACAGCCACACUAAAGACGAAGCCUCUUACUGUGAGCAGUGCGGGAGGCACUUCAGCAACCAGAGUUCAUACAAGAAGCACCUUCGGGACCACACCGGCCCCUACCAGUGUGACCAGUGUGAGAAGACUUUCAGUUACUUGAGUAUCUACAAGAUCCACAUGCGUGUCCACACUAAAGAGAAGCCAUACUGCUGCGACCAGUGUCCCAAGAGCUUUAGUUUUUUAAGUUCGUACAAGCGACACCAGCUGAGCCACAGCGGAGAGAAGCCGUACCAGUGUGACUUCUGUGGGAAGAGUUUCACCCAGUCAGGCCAUUUCAGUCUGCAUCUGCGCAACCACACGGGAGAGAAACCGUUUGAGUGUGGCCAAUGUGAAAAGAGUUUCAGUGACUUAAGUAGUUACAAGAUCCACCUGCGUGUCCACUCGGGAGAGAAACCGUACCGCUGUAGCCAGUGUGGCAGGAGCUUCUCGCAGUUAGGCAACUACAAAUCCCAUCUGCGUAUUCACACCGGGGAAAAACCAUUCCGCUGUGAACUCUGUGAGAAAAGCUUUUCCAUUUCAAAAACUUACAAGCAGCAUGUGCGCACCCACACCGGAGAGAAACCGCACCAGUGCAAAGACUGCGGGAAAGGUUUCGGUCGACUGAGUAACUACAUGCGUCACCUUCGCAUCCACACUGGAGAGCAGCCGUUCAGCUGUGACCAAUGUGGGAAAUGUUUCAACAGUUCCUAUAGUUACAGCCGACACCUGCGUGUGCACACCGGCGAGAAACCUUACUGGUGUUCACAGUGUAAGAGGCUGUUCACCCGGUCCCAGUCCUUAAAGAAACACCGCUGUGUUGCAGUAGAUGAAGAAGCACCGCUGAGCUGCUCACCAGCAGCAGCAACUCACGACGACGACCAACAACAACCAACUGAAUAAACU